UAUUCAAUUUUUCACUGGACGUUAUUUGUAAUUUUUGUAAUAUUUUGAAAACACAACGAACUGAACUUGCACGAAAGUUCUCAACAAUAUUGUUUGACGACCCCCUAUGUGGAACUAAAUUCAAAAAAAAAAACUCAGCAAACCACACUUGGCUUGCAAUACAUUUACGCAAUACGCGGCGAUAUCUAAUCAACUACUGACUAUUCAGUAUUAUUGCUUACUGAAUAAUAACUCAGUUCAAAAUGAAUGCUAUAUUUCAAGAACCAAGGAAAUCGUCCGCUGAUUUAUUUCAUUUUAAGGACACCACUGAGAUGGAUAGUGAAAAACAAGAUUAUAAAAGUCCCAUUAUAUAUCCCGAAAUUGAACCGGGCAUAAUUGGUAAGGAAAUGAUUGAAAAAAUUUACUUCGACGAAAAAUAUACCGGCGAGAAAGCAACACUGCAUAAGCUUCAACCAAUGGUCUAUGAGCGAGUCACUGAAAUGUGUUUCGAGUUUAAAAAUCUACUACGCAUCGACCAUUUAUGGGUUUUACCAAAUUUGACAAAACUAUCGCUCUGUUGGAAUAAACUAGAAGAAAUUAAUAAUAUAGAUAUGCUGGUUAAUUUAAAACAUUUGGAUCUCAGUUUUAAUCAUAUAAAAAAAAUUGAAAAUAUCGAAAAAUUAGUUCAACUGGAACAACUUUCAUUGUUUAACAAUUUAAUAACAAUAUUGGAAAAUGUAGAUAAACUACCUAACCUAAUAAUCCUUAGCGUGGGUAACAAUUUAAUUGAAACAAUUGAAGGGAUCGACCGCUUACGGUUCCUUACAAAUCUGAGAGCAUUCAAUUUGGAAGGAAAUCCAAUGGCAAAAACAUUGGAUUUUUUUGUGAGAGAUUACUGUAUAGCGAUUUUACCAAAACUCAAUUACUACGAGUAUAAACCGAUAUCGGAUGAGGAACGAGAAAUUGCUACAAAAAAAUUUGCCCAGGAUAUACGCAGAAUAGAAAAUAGAGAGGAAGGUGAACUUAGUAUACGUGAAAAACAUAUCAAAGAUGUAAAUGACUAUGAGCGCUAUUCUAAAUGUUUCGUAGAGAAUCUUAAUGAAAACCAGUUAUAUCAGUCGUUUUGGGAAAAUGAUGAAGAUGGUAAAGCGCUUUUACUAGGUGGUCCAGGUGUAUCUAGUCUAGUUGACAAUUAUAACAAGUCUGUUUUUGACAUAACACAAGAAAUAUUUAAACUUGGCCUUAAGCAUUCUAUACAGUGGGAUUCGGAAGUACAAGACUUUCACACUUGUCUGGAAGAAGGCGCUAAAGAGAUGCAAGUUGCUGGGCAAGGUUUUGUUGAAGAAUUUUUAGAAUAUAAAAUUAUUGUCUUUGACAAAGCGCUGGAAUUAUUAAAGCAAUUCCAGUUUGCAGAGGCAAUGCCAGAAUCGAAAACAGUGGCUCAAUACGAAGACUUAAGUACCGAAUUCGAUGACAGUUUAAACAUACUAUGGCAAGAAUUAAUGGCUAAUGAAUUGCAUUUGCAUGAAAGUAUUGCAGAGGCUUCAACAAAUUUUGUACGUUCGUUGAAGGAAAUGAUGUCUAAAUUCGUUGAAGAAUGUCAAAUUUUCUUUGCACAACUACGGGAAACUAUAGUAGACUUUACCGAAGAUAUGAACAAGGAAGUCUCAAAUUUUAUAAAUCUCUACGCUGCACUACAUGAUUUGUUGAGCAUACCAGAAGAGCUGCGAGAAUGCGCUGGUGAUUACGAGGCCCUAACAAAUUUGUUGACCGGAAUGAAGGAUACUCAUGCCCAAAAAGUCGAUGAACGUGAAGAUUUGUUAAUAACACGCACAAAGCAAUUUGUGGAAAGCACGUUCCAGAAUUUAGUAGACAAUGAGACAAAGCGUAAUCGUCAGAAUAUUUUGGAAAUCAAUAACUUCAUUGACUUAAUGCACGAAGGUUAUGCUAACUUAGUGGAUGAAUUGCACGAUGAUGAUAAAACAGAUGCCAGUUGAGGUUUGCUGAUUUAUAACUUAAACUUUGCUUAUAUCCGAAAUAGAAAAUAAGAAAUUAUAUGUAAAAAUA